AAUCAACUUUGUUUUUCUCUCAACUACAUUUCCAAACAAUUUCUUGGUAUCAUCCUUCCGGCAAAGGGUUGAUGCUAAGAAAAAAACAUUAUUCUUAGGAAUUACCAACAGCCAGUCAACUAACAGUGCGAAUUUAUGUGAAUCGACAGAAUAUGAAUUGCGAAACGGGAGAAUUACUCUCCGACCAUUGUCAAAUGGAAACCGGGGAGCUACUAUCGGACCAAGUACGGGUCAACGGUCGUAUAACGACGGCGACUUUUUCCGCCGGCGGUCAGUUGACGUGGCCUGGUCGAAGAUUGGAAAUGGGGAAACAGGUUCUCGGCUUUUCCGUUGAGGGAUUCAAAAUUAAGAUUCGAGUUAUCGUGGAGGCUUCGCCUGGAUUAUGCUGCUUUAGUUGCAAAACCACCCUCGUUAGAAAAACAUUUACUCUCGAGUUUUUAUCGGAUGAUUGUCUUCGUGUUUGGACUCAAAAAUUUCAAGAAUACCUAGAAUCUCUUGGUAGGCCGAAGAGGCUAUUCAUUUUUGUGAAUCCAUACGGGGGGAAGAAAUCCGCAUCCAAGAUUUUUGUGAGUGAUGUUAAGCCCUUACUCGAUGAUGCCAAUGUCGAGUACACUAUACAAGAAACCAAGCACCGCUUCCACGCAAAGGAGGUUGUUCAGUCGCUGGAUCUGGCAAAGUACGAUGGAAUUGUUUGUGUCAGUGGCGAUGGAAUUUUAGUUGAGGUAUUAAAUGGACUGCUCGUCAGGGGGGAUUGGGAUAUUGCAAUAAGGAUACCUCUUGGAGUUGUACCUGCAGGAACUGGAAAUGGCAUGGUGAAGUCACUUCUAGAUUCUCGUGGCCAACCUUGUUCACCAUUUAAUGCUACUCUUGCUAUUAUUCGAGGGCACAAACGGUCAUUGGAUGUUGCUACUAUAUCGCAAGGGGACACCAGAUUUUUUAGCUUGUUAAUGUUGGCAUGGGGUCUUGUGGCUGAUAUUGAUAUUGAAUCUGAGAUAUACAGGUGGAUGGGAAGCGCCCGAUUAGAUUUCUAUGCUCUUCAGCGAAUAUUUGGUCUUAGAAACUAUAAUGGCAGUAUAUGUUUUGUGCCAGCACCUGGAUAUGAAUCUUAUGGCGAGCCAUUAGAUCUAGAAAAGGAAGUCAUUGUCGAGGGCGAGAGUCAAAUGACAUCUGAUGAUCGACCUGUUAGCACUCGGGAGUAUGGUUAUCGGGGUCCUAAAGUUGAUAUAAAGAGUUUAAACUGGCGGAAGAUUGACGGCCCUUUUGUCUCGAUCUGGCUUCAUAAUGUACCAUGGGGAGGUGAAAAUACUUUGGCGGCCCCAGAUGCUGAGUUUUCGGAUGGUUGUUUAGACCUGGUCAUGAUAAAGGAUUGCCCCAAGUGUUCCUUGCUUAAAUUGAUGACUGGACUGAACGAUGGAAGCCACGUCAAAUCCCCACAUGUAUCUUACCUCAAGGUAAAGGCAUUUAUUUUGCAGCCGGGCACACGAACUGAUGAUCCAACCAAGGGCGGUAUCAUAGAUGUAGAUGGUGAGGUUCUGGCUAGAGGGAGAGGAGCAUACAAAUGGGAAGAGAAGUCGCUGAUGAGUUAUGGCAAACUACUCAUCAAAGUAGAUCAAGGCUUGGCUACUUUAUUUGCUCCUAAUUAGCAUAUUCUUAAUCUUCUAGAUGAUAUACAUAUAUUCCACUCAUAUUUUAUGAGCUCUCUUUGUGUGGAACCUCAACGAGAGAGAAAACAGAAGUUGAUUUUGGCGUUGGGAGAGUCGUGUCUUCUCUGCUGAACAUUGCGCGCGACUUGUUCCAAUAAUAUAUUCUUUUCCGGAUUGCGGCUGCA